AUGAUUGACAAGAUUAAAAAUUUGUGCUCCCGCUGGAAAACUUAUAAACUUUCCUCUACUGCUAAGUCCAUCCUUAUCAACUCUUCUAUUCUCUCUAUUCCCACCUAUUAUUUGUCUGCUUAUCCUGUUCCUGACUCGGUUCUCCAGGAGAUUUCUAGUAAAUCUGAGGGGGGCUUGGGUCUUCAUAACCUCUCUUAUGCCAAGACUUCCCUUAUGGCUAAAAACGUGUUUAAAUACCUGAAUUCAGAUAUUAUCUUUUGGGUUGAUAUUGCUCGCCAUAAGUACGGUCGUCUUAACUUCUGGACUGAUCAUAUCCCUGCAAAUUGCUCCUGGUUUUUCAAAGGUCUCUGUAGAACAGCUAGCACUCUUAAGCAGAAUCUGUGGAUCAAAUCCUUUAAUCCAACUCAGACUUCUUUUUUGUUUGAUCCUUGGUUAUUUGAAAUUCCUCUUGCUUUCAAGCCUACUUAUUUAAAUGUUAACACUGAUCUGAAUGCUUAUCAUUUAUCUGAUUUGAUUGAUAAUGGCCAGUGGAAUCAUGGUUUUCUCUGUUUAAUUUUUGGAAACUUCUUAGGUCCUUUGAUUCCUUGCAUUAGUGCCUAUGAUUGUGAGAGAAAUAGUUACUGGGUUUGGCAACCUCAUUCCUCUAACCUUAAAAUAUCAUCUGCCAUCUAUUAUCAUUUAAAUCACAACUCUGAUUCAACUAUGGCUUGGCGAGGUUGGGAUAAGCUUUGGAAGUUGUAUGUUGCUCCGCGCGUUAAGCAUUUUAUCUGGCUUAUGUUUCAUGGUCGCAUCUCUACUAUUGAUUUUCUCAAUAGCAUCAAUAUUGGACCUCAUACUUUAUGUGUUUUCUGCAACAUUGAAUCUAAAUCCAUUGAUCACAUCUUUCUAGAUAGCCGUUGUGCACAGUUGGUUUGGAAUUUGCUAAACUAUAACCUUGGCAUUAAUAUUUCCUUCCCUGAUUUAAUUUCUGCUGGUUUAUGGAUCUCUGAUUAUAACUUUUCUAUUCAUAUUGUAUCUGUUAUUGCUGCCACUAUUUGGUUUUUGUGGAAGGCUCGCUGUGAUCUCAUCUUCAACAAUAUCAAACCCAAGUUUUCUAACAUUCUUUCUAAAGUUGUUAUCCAUGUCCAGGAAUUUAUGUAG